CAAACUUUGGUGAAGUUCAGUUUCCCUCCAUUUGUAGCGAAACUAUUUUAUUGCUUUCACGAAAUCCUCAAUAAUGUCAUCAUCUGAGAAAGCUAAAGAUGCCUUCGUCGUUUCAACACGAAAAUGCAUUAUAUUGAGCAUGAAGACCACAAGAAAGUUAAUGAUUGAAAUCUGAGAGGGAGUUUUUGAAAAAGAAAAGUUGCUGAAAAGACACUUGAAAAUUUUUUUCUGGUAGAAAAGAAUAUUCUGAGAGAGAUUUGUGCUUAUCUCAUGGACAAGAGGAGAUUUAUGCAGAAAGAGUGACUAAAAAUUGAAUUCAAUCAAUAGACAUUUUAUCGCCACCGCAUUGGUGGGCGGAAGAGGUAUCAAAGGAGAGAUCACAAAAAGACAUAAAUCAGCUGUAUUUCCAUUACUGUGUGUGCCAUCGUUGAAAAAAGUGAGUCAAAAUUUACUCGCCGACGCCAUUUGACGCCGCCAAGGCGUUGAAACUCGAAGAAGACUUCACGGGCGGCUGUAUGACAAUGUCCAUGUACCCGUCGCCCGAUAAAAUGAAAAUGGGGACGCCAGGAUGUUUCCCAGGACGAUACAGUCCCUCGUAUCGAGGUCCUGAUCAAAUGAGAAGGUGUAUGACAAAUCCAUCGAGUCGAUUAUUAGAAGACGCUUCAAUAAUGUGUAAUUCGUGGUCUCCCAGGCAUAAUGGUGAUAUCUUUUCGGGGCUGAACGAUGGCAUCCUGAGUAGGGCUGAAGCCCUGGCCGCUGUGGACAUCCAGAAGCACCAGAGUAGUCAUGCUCACACACAAAUGUCCUCACAGCUUAAGCACGACGUGAUGUACCACCAUGGAAUGGGUGGACCACCACAGAGGCCACUACAAAAUCUGGGUCGAUUUCAGAUGCACCACACAAUGGAUGGCCUCGAUAUGCUGGAUCCCGCCAGUUCCAUGACAACCCUCACGCCAAUGUCAGACACGCCAAUCACCUCGUCGCACCAUCAACUCCAUGGCUCAUAUCACGGUAUGAACCACAUGAUGGGGCAUCACCACGGCGGCCCACUCAGCGGGCACACGACGGGUGAGUCCGAAAACCGUGGCAAAAGUCCCCAAGGCGUCCCACUGUGGCAAGAGAGAAAAUUCUGGGAUUCUCUUCCAGGACACCACGGCCACCCCGGCGCCCAUCAUCCCGCAAUGGCUGCCGCCGUGGCGGCCGCUGGACUCCAUCCUGACACAGACACAGAUCCACGGGAAUUGGAAGCGUUCGCUGAACGCUUCAAACAGCGACGAAUAAAAUUAGGUGUAACGCAAGCGGAUGUGGGGAAAGCUCUCGCUAAUCUCAAACUACCCGGCGUAGGUGCACUGUCCCAGAGCACUAUAUGCAGAUUCGAGAGCUUAACACUGUCACACAACAAUAUGAUUGCACUCAAGCCCAUCCUUCAAGCUUGGCUUGAGGAGGCGGAGGCGCAAGCGAAGAACAAAAGACGAGAUCCCGAUGCACCCAGUGUCUUACCAGCGGGAGAGAAGAAGAGAAAAAGGACUUCCAUCGCAGCACCAGAGAAACGCUCCCUGGAAGCAUAUUUUGCCGUCCAACCACGACCGUCUGGCGAGAAAAUUGCUGCAAUUGCUGAAAAAUUGGACUUGAAGAAAAAUGUGGUACGUGUGUGGUUUUGCAAUCAACGACAAAAACAAAAACGUAUGAAAUUUGCAGCUCAGCACUGACAGCCAAAUAAUGCUGCAACACAACUGGGGAUCGUAACAAGUGUGACUGCCUCAAUGGCAGCAGCAGCAGCGGGUGGGGUUGUGGGUGGUGGUGUGCCUGGAAGUGGUCCCGUCACGGGAUUCGGUUUCUAAAAGGAAAUUUUACGUAUAUAAGAAGAUUUUCUUUUCUUUUUUUUUGUUUACUUUAUAAUUCUCAGAUGUGGUUUGUUGGUUCUUUUAGCGUUUUAUCACGCAAAGCUAUGUUGAGCAUAUGUAGCAAUUUUGUUUCAUUUAAAUAUUAUUUUUCAAUGAAAUUGUGGAUUUUUAUGUUUUUUAAUUUAAAAUUGUGAAAGAAUCUACAGAUUUUGUAAAAAAAGAUUUUUAUUUCAUUUUAUUAAUUUCCCCAAAAAUAAUUCUCAAAAAGGCCACCAUCAUUCACAAUACUUUUGUUAAAGAAAGUAUGUAAAAGAAAUCAUGUGAAAUGUUAAAAAAAAAAGUGUGCAAUUAAUAUGAAACUCAAAGGUUAAUUUAUGUAUGUUUUUUUUUCCUAAGAACCUUUAUUUCGACUAUAUAAGAAAAAAAAACAGAAAAAAUUAACAUUUUUACAUUUCUUUAGUAUUUGUGCAAUAUACAUAUAUAUUUUAAGAAUGAAAGUGAAUUGGAAUGAGGGAAAUAUAAUGUAGUUUAGAAAAGAAUCGAUUUUCAUAAAGAAAAUAAAAUGUAACUCAAUUUUAGAAAAAAGGUAGAAACAUUAGCAAAAGAAGAAGAAGCUAAAAUACCUUGUAAAUAUUAGCAUUAAGGUACGAUGAGGAAAUUGCUGUUAUAAAUAUUUGUAAAUAGGUCAGAAGAAAAAAAUUGAUAAGGAAAAAUUUUAUUUCAUUCAACCUCAGACCAAUAAUUUAAUAUAUGGCUGUGGGUAAUAUGAUAAAAACAAUUACUGUAAUAAUACUUAAAUUAUUGACUUAAUUCAUUCAUUAGAAAGACGAACGAACGUUUACAAGUUCAAUAUUAGCCAUUCUCCCUGCUUAUCAAUGAAAUUAUUAGACGAAAAAUAAUUUUAAAAGAAUUUAAAAAAAAAAAUUCAACCUGAAGAUGAUGAGUAUGAUUGUGACGUUGAGUCAAUGUAAAAAAAUUAGUGGGUUUAUCAUCAAGACUUGGCAAGGUUUAUUUCAGAAAUUCUGUAAAUAGAAAAUACUGUAUGAAACGACGAAUGUAAUGUAAGAAAAAAAUAAGAAUAUCAUUUUAAGCAGAUAUUUAAGUAAAUUUAAAGAGAAAAAAAAGUCAUAUACUGAAGAAAAAAAUGUGUAAAAAGCAAUAUAAUAAAGCGGAAAAGGUGACCAAAAGUGAAUAUAGACACAAUCCUCAUGUUACAUUCUUUUUCAUUUUCUCAAAAA